UGGGGGGUUUUGAUUCGAUCAUUCAUCAUAAAGGUUAUGAGAACAGGUAUCUCGUACUCUUUUCCUGCUGUGCCCUCUUCUGUGGGUUUUAGUGUAUUGCUGCUAUAAUUUAACGUCUCUUUGUCUGAGACACAUGGUUAAGGGAGGAGGUGGAGCUGUGUAAUCUGACACGAGCCAGGCCCAAAGUACAGCUUAGACACAGUGAGAGAGUGAGGGGGGGCGCAUUCCGGCUCUGGCUUGACAUUCGACUCCUCAGCCUACAUGCUGCGCUGGCAGCAUAGUGCACGCAGACUGGACUCUCUUCUUCGUCUCUGUAGCACUUUGCUGAGUUUUUUUUUUUUUUUUUUUUUUUUAACCCCUGUCCCACAGAGAAUACUCUCCUCUUCCCGUGUCUCAUUUGAAGUUCACGCAGGAUACUUGGGCCUGCCUGGGAGUGGCCCCUCAGUUUGCCGCUGGAAUGUGCCUUUAGACGAGUGGGGAAACUCGCUUUGCUGCUGUUGGUUUCCUCUCUUGCUCAGCUCUCCCUCUCGCUCCCAAUCUCCUUGGGCUCCCUCAUAUGCUUCCUGCCAGGCACUCAGAGCUUAGUGCAGUAUACAUUUUUGGAUUACUUCUGGAUUCCCCCUUUUUUGAGGGGAGGAGAGGGGGGGGGUUUCUCCACUACUCAUUGUGCUUUUUCAGGGCUAUUCUUAAUAUUUUUUUUUGUGGUCUACUUUGUAGCAAGAAUUGAACCAUCCUUUUGGAUAGCUUGGGAGCUUUUGCAUGUGUGCGUGUAAAUGGCCAGGCCUCACCGUGCCUGAAGUGUCCCUGGAGUAUCUGGCAGUGGACCUGAGACAGCUAGUGGAGCGAUAUAUAUAUUUAAAAAAAAAAUCUGAGCCAGCACUGAGUGAGCAUAUUGGAUAUUGGACUUGUUGGGGGCCCUCUGUUAUGGGCUGUUUUGUUUUUAUGGAAAGAGCGCAAUGAAGAGUCACUGCGAUCCCCAUGUCUCCCACCGCUAGGCUACAGCCUGUCUACUCAUGGAAGGGGGUGUUCAAGCUCUUCACGUGCGUUGCUGCCCGAGCGGCCAGCAAGUCUAAAGAGGUCCACACAUUUCAAGAGAAGAAAAUAGCCUUACUGGGGAAUCAUAUGGACGAAGAAAUGAGUCGCCAGACUGCCACCGCGCUGCCCACAGGAACCUCAAAGUGCGCCCCCUCCCAGCGUGUGAAUACUACAGCCUCCAACAGUGACCUGGCCAGCCUGUUCGAGUGCCCGGUGUGUUUUGACUAUGUGCUGCCUCCAAUCCUGCAAUGCCAGAGCGGCCAUCUGGUGUGCAGCAACUGCCGGCCCAAACUGACGUGCUGUCCGACGUGCCGCGGCCCAUUGGGCUCCAUCCGUAACCUGGCUAUGGAAAAGGUGGCCAACUCGGUGCUCUUCCCAUGCAAGUACGCCUCGUCGGGCUGCGAAGUGACGCUGCCGCACACAGACAAGGCCGAGCACGAGGAGCUAUGCGAGUUUCGGCCGUACUCGUGCCCAUGUCCAGGUGCUUCGUGCAAAUGGCAGGGGUCUCUGGACGCCGUCAUGCCACAUUUGUUGCACCAGCACAAGUCUAUUACCACGCUGCAGGGCGAGGACAUAGUCUUUCUGGCCACGGACAUCAACCUGCCUGGUGCGGUCGACUGGGUCAUGAUGCAGUCCUGCUUCGGUUUCCAUUUCAUGCUGGUGCUGGAAAAGCAGGAGAAGUAUGAUGGGCACCAACAGUUCUUUGCCAUCGUUCAGUUGAUUGGCACACGCAAGCAGGCAGAGAACUUUGCCUACCGGCUGGAGCUGAACGGCCACCGGCGGCGCCUCACCUGGGAAGCCACGCCACGAUCCAUCCAUGAGGGCAUUGCCACAGCUAUCAUGAACAGUGACUGUCUAGUAUUUGACACCUCCAUCGCCCAGCUGUUUGCUGAAAAUGGCAACUUGGGCAUCAAUGUCACCAUAUCCAUGUGCUGAGGACUGUCAGAUUCGCACUCACACGCACAUACCCACAUAGGAAUACACUAAAACAUUUCACAACCACAAGACACCCAGAGGUGGACACUAGGAAGGGGGUGGGGUAUCUAACCUAGGAGCUUUUUGCUGUCGUACGUUCCAAGUACAGAACUGACCUUUACCAACGCUUGGCACGUCCAGCAACUGGACAUUUUCCCAGGUCAUCAGUUUUAUGCUACAAUAUUAUAAUAAGUUAAAUAAUUAAACUAAUGUAUUCUACAUUUUUUGAAAGCAAAUGCCCGCAAAGAUGAGCCUUGUGAAAUGAACUUUCUCACACAUGGCUUGUUUGUGAAAAUGGGUGAAGGAAUGGCACAGUAAAGUUGAGGGUUGGAGUGAAAGAUACACUAGAAUUGUCCUGAUUUAUUGUUUCCUUUUUCUUUCCUCCGACAGAUUGCAUUGUUAGUUCAAAAAAACAACACUAACAAAUUUUUAAGUUGAAGUUCCACAGUUUUAGGUUUUAAUCAAGCAUUGUUCGGUCUUGUCUGAUCCCCUCUCCCCCAAGAAAGGUGAUGGAGAUAUUUGCAUGACCACUGGCUGUGAGGCUUGGUGAGUUCAGAUUUCAUCUAAACAUUUUAGUAGUUUCUCCCUGAAUCGUUGUAGAGUUUCUCCUGAUGUUCCUUAUAAGAAGCAGUGGGGGUGAGAGUUAUGAGAAGUUUCUGUAUGGAUUUGAUGUACAUACAUCAGGUUUGAAGUCCUCAGAGCCACUUUUCCCUCUUAAAUGUCAAAGCUUUUCCCUGCAAUAGCCUACUUUUUCUGACCAGGCGCGAUUGACAGGAGUUCUGUGCCUGUGAAUGUCAAGUCAUUGAAAUGCAUCAUGCUUUAGUUUGACACAUGUAAACAUGCUCGUCUCGGUCAUGUGGAAAUGGUCAUCUCUUCAUGCGAGGCUCUGAAAUAUGAAUCUGAAUAUCAUGCUAGAAGUGAGCGCAAUUUAUACCGUUAUUAUUGAGAGUAUUAUCAUUUUGUAAUGACUUAAGAAAAGGAAUGAAAAGGCUGUUGUAACAUUGUUGCUAAUCUUCAGUGUUUGUAUAUAGUGUUGUUCUUCAGAAGACCUCAUGUCUUUUUGUUCUCUUUUUGUAAAUGCAGGUUUGUUUGUUUUUUCGUAUGUUUGUGUCUGUUUUUGUGAGGAGUGGGUGAAGAAAACGCCAAAACAUCUCUGUGGAUACAUUGUACUGUUGCUGGUCCUGGUCUGUUUUUAUUUUUGUUUUAAUGUUUGUUUUUGUUUGUUUUGGUCUAUUUUGCCAUUAAAUAAAUCUAUCUUUUUCAUA